AUGUCAGGGCUUAAUCGCUGUCUCCCUGGCUCUGCUGCAACUCGUUUAGCUAGUGGACGAUCAGCCGGUAAUGGAGGGAAUGUAGUGGUGGCUUCUCGACCGCGUCUUUGGAUGCAGGGCAGCAUCAAUGGCAGCAGUGGGCGGAAGGCAAAUAUGCAGAUGAGGACAUGCGGAGGAGGUUAUGGGUAUGGAAAUGGAAAUGGAAAUGGAUUUGCGUUUCAAUGGAGACGGCGUUUGAGUUCCGAUAGACAGAGAGGGACGAGGGCAAAUCCUAACUGCGUUACUUGGCUUACUCCUAAGCCGUCCCAAGUGACGCCCUCAGAUAUUAUAUUGCAAUUACCAGUCCUUCCGCAUAGCCAGGAUAUCUCCUACAAUGUCCCUGUUUUGCUUGUGACUCCCGCCUUUGCAUCUUGGAUAGUGAACACCAAGCCCUUUUUCCGCGAGUCUAUGACUCGAAUUUUCCAGAAUGCAAUACAGUGUUCCUCUGGUAGAGGUAAUACCUUGUACGCUGUGGUGGCGGUUGUGGAUAAGCUGCCUUCUCCCAAUACGUCACCAAGAGGCCUACAUGGUAAAGGGCAAUUUGAGAAUGUGCUAGUUGGACAACAGGGGUAUGAAGGUGUAUCUCUAUUCAUCGCCAACAGGGAUACUCUGGCGAUUGAGGUGGUGAAACCGCUACAGAAACCGGACAUGUCUACUCCUGAAGCCGAACCUUCAUUAUCUUGCCUUUUUCAACUACCCACGAAUCCAGUCUCCCAAGCAGCGCGGUUCUCUGAAGUUGGUAUUCGUGUCGCUAAUACCCUCUUUGUCAACGGCAGGCCCCGUACCAUGGUUGCUUCGCGUUGGCGGUAUAGCCCAGACCCAAAUAUUCCCACUCUAAUCUUGGACAAUGAAUAUAACCUCGCUGCUUGUCGAAUUAGAUGCGCCAUGGAACCUCAGGCCGUCGCUAUGCAGGUCCCACUCUACCCAGUAACGAAGUCGCGAGAAAUAGCAACCAGCAUGGGGAAUAUCAUCAGCCAGGUGUCGAAAGGUGACGGGUCUGGCACGACAAUGCCCGCAUCAGCGGAGCUUGAGAAAUCGCUGCCGCAAUAUCUUAAAGAGAAUAACGUUCAAAACCAGAGAGUGGCAGUCUGGGCUCUGAUUGAGCCUACAAAAUCGAAGAGAGGACAUCACCUUGCAGACGUCAAUGGCGAACCUAUUGACACACUUGCUGUCAUCAACAACGGCGCUCGUCUUCAUCGCGUUGUGAGCGGAGGGGGUGGGUGGGGGAAAAAGCAGGGACUGCUGUCAUUGGAUCCGGGAUAUAGCUAUCAGACAAGAGAUGGUCUGGUCUCUAGACAGAUUCGAACUCUCCAGGGAAUAUUCGAAGAGGCUAGUUCAGAUGUAGGAGAUGAAGAUGAGCUGAGAAUGCCAAGCUUGCCCGAUGGACUUCCUGGGUCAAUGCAGUUCAAAGAUGGCCGCUUCACUACGGAUCUUUCUGAGAUUGCUAAGCCGGGUGAUACGGUGCAGUUUUUCAUCUCCCCCUUGGACAACCCCCGGGUUGCUUCGAUGGUAGGGGCUUCUGCGGAGGGUGUUGACCUGAAAGGAACAACACGAGUUACUUUUGGAGUCAUUCCUUCUUCUGAUUUGGAUUGGUCCGUGACGGCACAGAUGCGUGAUGCUGAAACGUCUUCCAGCAAUGGCUUGGAUGACGGAAUUGUAUCUGUGCCGAAUCAUUUUGGAGCAUUGUCAGAGAAGAGCCUAACUUAUUCUGUGUUUGCUGAGGGAAAUGAGGAGGAUAAAGGAAAACCUGGAAAAUUGAUUCUGGGGACCAAUAUUGAUGUUCCUGGGUCAAGAAUUGUCAUUGAAUAA